GCACAUUGCCUUCCGCCAUUACGAGUUGAGCAGGAUUCUGGAUUUAGCCCUUCAUUGGUGCAAUAAAAAUGGUCAGAAUCAAAGAGAGAUAUCUUUUGGUCCAUAUUCUCUACCCGCCGGUGGAAAACAAAGACAAAAAUGCCUUGCUGCCGUUACCGAUUGUUCAGCAUCAGCCGACAGUUGAAAAGCUUACGCCACAGUUAUUAACAAAGGCUAUCAAAGCCGAAGUUAGCUCGUUGUUUGGCGAUUUCGGUGUAGGAUCAUUGGAAGGGAAUCUCUCAGUAAAAUACAUGUCGCUCGCAACGUCAACCUUCAUCCUUAGAUGCGGAAGAGCAAAUUACCAGAUGUUAUGGGCAGCACUGACAAUGAUGGACCAUGUUCCAGUUAAAGAUGGUCGUCCAUGUACCUUCAAAGUUGUCCGUGUCAGUGGAACCAUUCGCAAGGCAGAGGAAGAGGCCAUCCGCCAGGCACGAACCCUCAUCCUAGCUGCCAAGUCAAACAGAUCAACUGCGGGAUUCUUCACUGCAAUGUCCGGCCAAGAAGACAAUAGCAUGCUCGAAAAUGCCGUCGACCCUAUUGAUGAAAUGGAUACGGAUGAAGACGAUGGCUGAACGCUUUAUUCUAUUGGGUAUCACUAUUUUCGCCUCACCUUAACACCACUAUCAGCUGGGACGCUCAUGUCUCCGAAAUCUGGGUCCAUCUCCCCUUCGGUUGGCAUGGCUGGAGCUGGGUCCAGAUCCAUUCCCAUGGCAUUUUCAUUCUCCCUCCUAGCUUGCUCUUCGGCCUCCAUCUCUAAGCGGUCAUGCUCCUCCUUUUGGUCCACCCAGCGCUCCUGGAGAUCUGGCACAUCAAGCAUUGACGAUUCAUUUCUCAUAGCUACGGCCCAUACAGUAUCAUUUGCUCCUUCAGCGCUUCCGAAAAUAUAGCCACCUGCGCGGUCUAUAAUGCGCAGCAAAUGUGUCAUGCUCUUCUUAUUCUCAACAGCAAGAACUUCAUAUCGCACCAGCCCAUAGCUAUCAACCAUGCUGGCGACUGCUUCGUUUAGCCUUCCAAACUUUUCACUGCGCAUAGCUGGGGAUUCUUCUUCCAGAUACGGUGUUAAGUACGUCAGGUCGUCAACGUCUGUAUAAUAUUCAAGAUUAAAGGGUAGCUCAUCGUAAGAUGACACCUUGUCGAUUUUGGACAGGACAUUUACAUGUGGCAUGUCCAUCUGUAUCAUGGCGCGAAGGGAUAAUAAGACGUUUGAAAUGUAUAAUGAAGGUUGGGUGAGGCAUAUUGAGUCGGAUAGGUGGACUGCAACAAACUAUAUACUUUCCGUUAGCACUAAGCCCAAGGAAAUCGAUAUUAGCACCUACUCGGAAGCCAAGUUUCUGCAGCU